AGCGCGGGCCCGGCCGCGCUAUAUAGGGACUUGGCGCCGGCGCCAGCUGAGCAGCGCGGCCCGGGCGGCAGCGGCGGAGGUAGAGAUCUUGCAACCCAAAGAAGAUGUCAAGACGCAGUAGCCGUUUGCAAGCCAAGCAGCAGCAGCCGCCACUGUCAUGUCAAGAAGAAUCUCCACAGGAAUUGCAGGCAUCAGAACAUCUCCAGACCAGAAAAAGGAGAACAGCAGAGCAGGAGAUUAAGAAAAGAGAAGAUGGGAAAAUUGCUAAGAAACAUCAAUACGAGAUUAAGAGUUGUUGGCCGCCCACGAUAACAGGAGGCAUCUCGCCUUGCAUAAUUAUUGAAACACCUCACAAAGAGUCAGUAACCACUGACUUCUCCAGGUUCAAAAAGUACCGGUUCAGAAACCUCUUCAUAAACCCAUCACCUCUGCCAGAACUCAACUGGGGAAAUUCCAAAGACGUCUGGCUCAACAUCUUGAAGAAGGAGAACAGAUAUGCUCACUGCAAACAUUUCACGUCGCUACAUUCCAGUUUGCAGCCUCACAUGAGAUCAAUACUGUUAGACUGGCUCUUAGAGGUAUGUGAGGUGUAUGCACUCCACAGGGAAACCUUCUACCUAGCUCAAGACUUUUUUGAUAGAUUCAUGUUGACACAGAAGAACAUUAACAAGAGCAUGCUUCAGCUCAUAGGAAUUACCUCAUUAUUCAUUGCCUCCAAACUUGAGGAAAUCUAUGCUCCUAAAAUACAGGAAUUUGCUUAUGUCACUGAUGGUGCUUGCAGCGAAGAUGAUAUUGUCAGAAUGGAGCUUAUUAUGUUAAAGGCUUUAAAAUGGGAACUCUGUCCAGUGACAAUCAUCUCUUGGCUGAACCUCUAUCUUCAAGUGGAUGCUCUGAAGGAUGUUCCGAAAGUGCUGCUACCUCAGUAUUCUCAGGAAAAGUUCAUUCAGAUAGCACAGCUCUUAGACCUGUGUAUUCUGGAUGUGAAUUCUUUGGACUUCCAGUACAGAACACUUGCUGCUGCAGCACUCUGCCACUAUACCUCAAUUGAAGUUGUUAAGAAAGCUUCAGGCUUAGAUUGGGACGGCAUUUCGGAGUGUGUGGAAUGGAUGGUUCCCUUUGUGACUGUGGCAAAAAAAGCCCCUGCGAAGCUGAAGAACUUCAAGAAGGUUGCAGUAGAGGAUCGCCAUAACAUCCAAACACACACCAAUUACUUGGACAUGCUGGAAGAAGUCAGCAGUGGAGUAGCAUCUACUGCCCCAGGUCAGUUAUCACCCGUGUCAACAGGAGGAAUAAUCACCCCUCCCAAAAGUACAGAGAAGAAAUGAAAUGUGGAUAAGAGCCAUCACACACAGAACAGGAUUUGGUGCUUCAGAACAAGACCACACUAAAGGUGACUCAUGCUCUUAUUGCUGUUUGAGACCUGAGCAGUAAGAGAUGCAGCAGAUGCUAAUUGAGACUGGUGUCCUCCUACAGACAUGCUGAGAGGCCGGGCGGCAGCCCCUGUGCCACCACAGGAGCCGGGACUGCUCCGCUCCCUUCUCACACACACCUUAGUUCAACUCUGACCAUUCCUAAUUUAAGAAUUUUAAGAACUUUUUUAGAAUGGCUGCGUGGGAAAGUUUGUCUGCUCAGCUCUCCGUGUCAGACUGGCUUUAUACAGCAGAACUUAGUGACAGCUUGUACAUAUUACCUCUUCUUGACUUGUUCUUUUUUCUUUCCUUGGUAAGGUCAGAGUUUAAUGCCUGUCAGUCAGGGUGUCAGGGAGGUCAGGGUGACACCACUCUGCCCUUGCAGUGCAGUGUAGCCACCCUGUGUCAGGCUCUAGCUCCACAGCAGGCUGACCCAGUUGUGGUGGCCUCUCAGGGCUGCCCUAAACCUCAGUUCUGGUGCAUCACUGACCUCAGGUAAGAGUACAAGCAGAAGUGUAACCCCAAGUGGAAGAAGUUCAGUCCUGGAAGGAAGGAGUUCUAUUUUACAACACCAAACAUAAGAACUGGAGAGGGUAUGGGAAGAAGUGAGCUGCUGGUACUCUACAACCACUCACGUCCUAGGAACAGUAUUUUAAAACAACUGUGGAGCUGUGUUUUAUCAGUGUUUAUAAACAGCAUUAACUACUGUGUUUGCCUUGGAAUAUUCACUACCUCUGACUCACUUCUGUGAUGAAGGGACAGCACUGGGAAAGGGGGGUGUCGGUCCUCCUCCCUCUGGCACAAUGCUCCUCCCUGUGCCCCACACCCAGGGACCCCAUCCACAUCAAACUCAGCAAACUUGAACGCAUGUCUUCUGCAAACAAGCCAUGGUGGAACUAGCUGAAGUUGCUUCCUACCUUCUGUACAGUUUGUAAAAUAAGGGUUUUAUUAUAAGAUUUCAUCUAUUUCUAAAAAGAAAGAUACUAGACUGUAAAUGUUGUAUAAAAAUUUAAAUGAAUUUAAAAAAUAAAA